AUGCUUCGUGGAACUGCGUUCAUCACCGGUGCCGCCUCAGGCAUCGGAAAAGCCACUGCUUAUUCCCUAGCCCGACAUGGCGUUCGCCAACUCGCCAUCGGUGAUAUCAACUUUCCGGCGGCACAGGAAACCGCCGACGAUCUCCAGUCCCAAUUCAGCGAUGUCCAAGUACUCCCCUUGAAUCUGGACGUGGCCGACCCAACCUCCAUCCAAAGAGCCAUUGCAGAGACUGUAAGCCGGUUCGGACGCAUCGAUUAUGCAGUCAACAGCGCAGGAAUAGUAGGCUCUACAGCGUACUCGAGUGAGCAUGACAUCGCAGACUGGCAAAAGACACUGGACGUGAAUUUGAACGGGGUGUGGAUGGCUAGUCGUGAGGAGAUCACAGUCAUGUUAAAACAGGAGAAGAUGGAUGACAGUCCCCGUUCAAACCGAGGUGUCAUCGUCAACGUGGCAUCCGCGUAUGGUCUCGUCGGCUCCACGAGCACUUUGCCGAUUGUUGCUUACACGGCCUCGAAACACGCUGUGGUGGGAUUCACCAAGGCCGAUGCCAUUACCUACGCACCUCUGGGUAUUCGGAUCAAUGCGAUUUGUCCGGGAUAUGUUGAGACACCGCUGUUGGCUUUAUUUACUCCCGAGGGAAAGCAGAAGGAGGAGUCGAGGAUCCCGCUUGGAAGGAUGGGACAGGCGGAUGAGAUUGGGGAUGCGAUUGCGUUUAUGUUGUCGCCGUUGAGCAGUUAUAUGUAUGGCUCUGCGAUGGUGGUGGAUGGGGGCUUUACCGCGCAGUAAAUGAUGUAGGAUGGCAAGGCGAUGGUUGAAAUACUCUCGAGGAUUGCUAGGUGUGCGAAUCAGUAGAAACGAGUGUUGAACGUGGCUUAAAACUGGUCUCUCUUUCGAUGUUGUUCAUGGCAGGGCACUAAUGCGUGGCUGACUCAAACGGGGCGCCUAAAGGAUCGAGGCCCUAGAUAAAGGGUUGGAUCGCUGGCUCGCUGGCAUGACACGACAUGACCCCGUACUAUCCUCUCUAUUGCUUCUCCACGUUUGCACCCUCAGCUAUUUAUGGCCCAAAGGCUCGUAUUAAUGAACGAAGAGCGCUGCGGGUGGCCUGAAUAAAACUGGAGCUGUCAUGAUCUGCAAGCUGACGUGCUCUUCCCGGUUCCCUCGGCCAUCGGAGGAGCCAACCGGUG